GGGGAUUGAGCCGUGCGGGCGUAGUGCGCGGAGCGGAGGGCAGCAGCAGCCAUGCCGGUGGACCUGGGGCUGUGGAGCGGGCCGCUGAGCCUCACCGAGGUGGAGCAGAAGCCGGCGCACCCGCUGCGUGUCAAGUAUGGCUCCGUGGAGAUAGACGAGCUGGGCAAGGUGCUCACGCCCACUCAGGUCCAGCAUCGCCCCACCAGCAUCGAGUGGGAUGGCUGUGAUCCGCAGAAGCUUUACACCCUGGUUCUCACAGACCCAGAUGCUCCUAGCAGGAAGGACCCAAAGUUCAGGGAAUGGCAUCACUUCUUGGUGACCAACAUGAAAGGCAACAAUGUGGGGAGUGGGACUGUGCUGUCAGAUUACGUCGGCUCUGGACCUCCCAAGGGAACAGGGCUGCAUCGCUAUGUGUGGCUGGUGUACGAGCAGCCGAAGCAGCUGACCUGCAACGAGCCCAUCCUCUCUAAUCGCUCUGGUGACAAACGAGGGAAGUUCAAGGUGGCAUCUUUCCGCAGCAAGUAUGAGUUGGGGGUGCCGGUGGCUGGCACUUGCUACCAGGCAGAGUGGGAUGACUAUGUGCCAAAGCUCUACGAGCAGCUGUCAGGGAAGUAGGGCAAGGGGCCCCGAAGAAGCACUGUGCAGCAUGCUCUGCGCCCCUGGAGACCAAGCUGGUCAAAGCACAUCGCUGUAGUUUUGUUUGAUUAGUGAGUUGAACCCAACUGCUCCUGUGCUGACUGCUGGAACUGUAACCCUGUCCCUGGCCUGAACCUGCUUCUGUGUCAGUGUGGUCCAGACCUGUGCUGUGCUUCAGCUGAUUCCUGUAGGUACAGGUAAUCGCUAGCUAGAUGAGCUUCUGACAAGGUGUCCCGCUAAGGGCCACCCCCUCCAAGCUGACCUGCUUAUGGGAAACCAAACCCUCUGCGAAUUAGUGUCACUCAGUGUCCCUCCUGUACUGAAAUGGUAUUAUGUGGCAGCAGUGUGGGUACAGAACCACUUCUGGGUUGGUGCUGGCAGUGUAGCCUCCCCUUUCCAGGAGAGGAAAUGGCAGUCUAAGGGAAACUACCGUUCUUUUGGUUUUGGUUUUUUUGUUUUUGUUAUUUUUUACCCUCAAGUAUUUGGCCAGUGCCUCCACUUCACUGAAGUGAACCACUAAAACAGUGAAGGCGUAGCUGGUAGGAGGAGGCAGGGAAGCUAGUUUAUAGCACUACCUUCUGUUCUCUGUUGCCACUCAAAGCUGAGAGACCACUGUCAUUUUGUUCAAGUUCUGUUGUGACCUGAUGUUAACGUGCUGUUUGCUCACAGUGCAAUUAAAAACUUACCAAGGUG